UUAUUGUCGGCGAGGGUCCCUCUACUGCAUGGGUCGCAGCAGCUCAGGAUAUUGCCCGGCUAUACCCAUCAGUUUCAGUUGAGAUGGUGCAUAAAAAGUAUCCGACUUUUGAGGCUAUUGGGCACGGCGAAGAAUAAAUCCUUGCAGCCUGGGAAGUCUUGUCCCCACAGAUCAUCCGGUAUCUCCAGUAGAAUAUGGAAUGGACGUCGCUCUCGUUAGUCCGACAGGAAGGCGCCCCAAGGCCACAUGUCUUGAUCGAGGUUAAAGGAGCAGCGCAAGCAUUGGACCACCUGGACACUCUCCGCGAGAUGAAUUACGGUCCCAUCUACGAUGUGGAUAUCUGGGAGUCCCAAGGUUUACACUUAGCUGGAGAUGACGACUUCAUUGGAAAUGGCGCCAGCCUUCCUAGAAGGGUGUGGAACGGAGACGUUCACAUGGGCAAUUCCAUAGGAGGCACCUCCACCGGCAGUCAUGGCACCAUUGGAGGCUUCGUUACCCUCGAAAGAGACAGAGUUGAAAAAGAGUACGGAGUCACUAAUUUUAACGUCUCCCUCCUAAGCCCCGGCGUCCGCGAGGCUUCCAGCGCUGGUACCAAGCCCAUAGAUCGCCUUGAAGGUUACUCAUACUACAUACCUUCGAGGAAAGAUUCCACAGAAAUGCUUGACGGCAUUAUGAUGGAAAUUGUCGGCGUCAAAGGAAAGCUUUACGAGAGCAACAACAACUUCCCAACUAUCGCCGAACUAGCAGGCUCGGGGGGUAUUAAGGCGGCCAAACAACUCAAAAAUGGACUCAAGGCCAUUGAUGAGCAAGAGCGCUUUCAGAAAGAUGUGGAAAAGAACCUUGCAGAAACCACUGGAACCCUCCAUGCAGCCAGCGCCUACACGUCCCGAGAAGAAAAACAAGGGGAAAUAGCUCUUGACUGGACACUGAUUGAAAUAGACAGGGAUAUCUCCUGGCGUUUUCCUUCUCGGUCAGGAAAUCCGACAACGGCAUACACUAUACCUACAUGUAAAGUAUCCUUUCCCCAUACAUAUGGUAGCUACAUGUGUGUAUUUAGUGCUUAGAAGAAGAUGUAAUGUAGAUGUUCGUAUACCUUCUCAGCUGCAUAAAUAUAAUGAGUGUAUUCUAGUUAUUUAGCAAGUAGUAGAGCAACCGA